CCUCCCCGCAGGUUUGUGGCACGUGACCGAGAGUCUGAGGAAGUUCAAGGAAAGUGGUGGAGCCGGAGAUUCCUGAUCACCUCAAACCGAGAGAGAGAGAGAGAGAGAGGACUCAGAUGAGAAACAGCACAAUAAAAACAGGGUUUAGUUAUGAGUGAGCAGCCCAGAAGACCGCGGGUCCAGAGGGAGAGGAACGGAAGGGGAGAGGGAAGAGGAGGAGGAGGAGGACACCAAGAAUCACGAACACGACGAGACCACGCCAACUCUAGCUCCAGACCACCCUCCUCCAGCUACAGGUCAUCUGGAUCAUCUCAGCACCACUCCAGAAAUUCCUCAUCCCAUGUGAGAAGAGUCCCUUCAAGUGAAGCCAGCUGUACACAUAUCUGCUCCAGGAGGGGAAUUGUUCUGAUAUGUGCCACUCUGACCAACAUUUUGGUGCUGUUCUGUCUCGUGGCUGCCUACAUGACACUGUCGGGCAUGUCUGCGAUGAAUUUUGGAAGUGGAAGCUUUAUCGGUGCGAUGAUCCCAUUUGAAGGGGUGGAGCUUCAGCAGGUGCGUGACCUCGACAUGCAGUUUGGACAAAUGAGAGCACCUGGAGUGUAUGGCGGCGUGGCCUUCAGCCUCACUUUUGGUGUUCUCUCGCUUUUAUUUGUGGUUUCUGGCAACAAGCCUCCCCAUGUGCUGCCAUGGAAGCUCCUGAUUGGUCAGUUUGUGUUCCAGCUGGUGGGAGCUGUGAUAUAUGUGGUUGCAGUGGGUUUGUAUCUACACUUUGUGAUCAGUGUGAACUCCACAGAUGUGUGUUCGAAGAGAGAACGGCUUUAUGCGCGCAAUGGAUACACCUGGAUGAACUGUAAUGUGGGUGGGGCGGAUGCAGCUGUGGCAUUGUUUGGAAUCAUAACUGCUAUCUUGUAUGCUGUGGGAUCCUUUCUUACUUUUAGGACUAUCCAAAAUGUCAAGCACUUCAAAACACAGUGUGCUCACUAUGAAACGGAGAUACAGGAACAACCCAAACGUGCCCCGAGCGCCCCGCUCCAAUCAGAUCUCUAUGUCUGAGUUCACUCCAAAGGGACAGAAUAAUAAAAAUUGCACAUGACAUAUAUACAAUACUUUAAAAUGUUUUAUACUUCAGGUUUACAAGGGCUGAAUGCACUACUGACCAAACACUACUUACUACUUACCUUCCUUCAUGUUCUCCAUUUUCUUAGACCAUGAUGCCAAUGUGCACUGUAUUAAACUGCAAACAUAACUAAAUGUGAAUCUGUAUGUAAUUGUAUAAAAGCUGUUUCUGUCUGUCUGCUUGUAAUUUAAAUGCAAUGUACAGUUUAUAAAAAUUGCCUACCUUUUUGGUACACUUUUUAGGUGUGCUGUGACCGACUUUAGCUUAUUUUUCCAGUAGUUUAUUACCAGUGAUCAGUCUCUGAAUCUAAAACCUCUAAUGGUAAGAUGAUUUUGAUUAUUGAACUGUUUUUAAGGUUUGCGUCUGACAUAUUACACGUAGCAAUAAUCUUGAUGUCAGUGCUGUGCUGAAAAUAUUGACAAAGUGAGUAUACAGCUCUGGAAAAAAAUAAUACAAUAAACAAUAUUUGGUGUAAUAACCCUGGUUUUUAAUCACAGUUUUAAUGCAUCUUGGCAUGUUCUCCUCCACCAGUCUUACAUACUGAUUUUGGAUAACUUUAUGCCACUCCUGGUGCAAAAAUUCAAGCAGUUUAGCUUGGUUUGAUGGCUUGUGAUCAUCCAUCUUCCUCUCGAUUAUAUUCCAGAUGUUUUCAAUUUGGUAAAAUCAAAGAAACUCAAAGUGGUCUCUUGCUUCUUUUUUUUUUAGAGCUGUAUAUUGGAAGUGUGCGCGCGCGUGCGUGUGUGCGUGUGUGCGUGCGUGCGUGCGUGCGUGCGUGCGUGUGUGCAUGCGUGUGUGCGUGUAUACAGUGUCAAAAGUUGUCCACCACACUGGAUGCAACAGAUGGGCUACAGUCUGUAAUGGUAAACCUACAAAGUGCACCUCUAGGCUAUGUGCUAAAAUGGCCUAUCAGUUUGGGUACAAGAUAGAUGUACCUGGUGAACUACCAAUUCUGUAUAUAUAUAUAAUCUUGUAAUAUAGAUACUGUUGGUCUAAAUAUAGUUGUUAAUAUUAAUGAAAACACAAUAGAGUGUUUUUAAAUGUAUUUUUAUGUAGAACUAACUAGGAUAUGCAGCAGCACUUGAUGGCAUUUUUUUGUUGUGUUUUUUGUAAAUGUGAUUAUGAUCAAUACGUCUUCUCUGGAGCUACUUACUGUUGUUGGCAGUAGGGGGCAGCAUACACACAGUCUUUUUAACCCACGUUUUUAUUUUUUAUGCUGUGUAUUUUAAAUCAUGACUACAGUGUAUCAAAUUCAUAUUUCUGAUUUUCCCUCUCUGUAUAAUUCUGUAUUAAAGGCAGUUUUAAAGUACAA